CCUCCGCUGACCGGACGGUUUACAGUGUAACUCUUGUGUCUCCUUAGCUGACUUUUUUUGCUAGUGUUAUCCUCUUCUUUUUUAGAAAACUAGAGUUUAUUUCAGGUGUUUCUCUCUACCUCAGCUGCUCAGACAUGGCGGGAAACUUCUGGCAAAGUUCUCACUAGUAAGUUUGUUCGAACUUUGACGUUUUUCGUCUUUAUUUCGUAAAAGAUCGCUGGUGUUUUGAGGCCUAGCUUUACCGUCUGCUAACAGUUUCUCUUGGAGUAAAACUGCGAUAUAAAACAGAAAACCUCCUGUAAACUUCACAUAAAUCAAACAUAACUAACUUAAAAGCUAUUUUAUUAACUCUUAGUGAACUCGUUAGAUAAAUUCAGUCCUUUCUGUUAUUUUCUCGAUGAUUUUUGUCUGUCGUGUCGAUAAAUAAUCAUAAAUGUUGAUGUUGACUCUUCAGCUGUAUUCUUCCUUCACUUUAAAGCCUUAAAAUAAAAACAUAUAUAAUAUAAAUCUCCUGUUUUCUCGUGUUUCAGUCUGCAGUGGGUCCUGGAUAAACAGGACCUGAUGAAGGAGCGUCAGAAGGACCUGAAGUUUCUGUCUGAGGAGGAGUACUGGAAACUGCAGAUCUUCUUUGCCAAUGGUUCUGAUCCGGUUUUAGUCCAGACCACUUUCACACAGCACCCUUUAAUCUGACAGAUUAUAUAUUUAACAAAAUACUAUCAUGAAUUUUUUGUACAUUUAUUUCCUAAAUAGUUAAACCUCUCAGCUAUAACAAAUAAAUAAAAUUAGAAUAAUGAUUAAAAAAGCUCCUCAAAUGUCUGAUCUCAUGUGUCUUUUUCUCCGUUUCAGUGAUUCAGGCUUUAGGAGAACACCUGAAGCUUCGGCAGCAGGUCAUCGCCACAGCAACCGUCUACUUCAAACGCUUCUACGCCAGGUGCGUCACUUUAUUUACUGUUCCUUCUAUCAUGAAGUGUGUAUUUAUGAUCAUUUAUCGUGUGAGGACUCAGCAGAGUUUCUGUCACUGACCCACAGCUGACUCUUUGACCAGGAUAUAAGUAGGGCUGGGUGAUGAAUUGAUAACAAUAUAUAAGGACAAUUAAUUUCCCUUAACGGUGGGGUAGUCAGGAUCUGAGGAAGUUCCAGUUUUGGGAGAAAUCUUGACCAGUUUCCCCCUCAGCUCCUCCUCCUCUCCCCUCAAGCCCCGCCCACAAACAGACGCUCCUGCUCACUCGUAUCGUUCCAAUUAAAUUCAGAUAUAAUGCAGAUAAAUACUUCAGAUCAUUACAAAUGGGGCCCAGUCAAGGUGAAAGUCAAAUGCAUUGGUGCUACUGUAGAUGCCGACAGACUACCAGACGCUACAACACGCUACAGCAGGUCCGUUUGAGAGGAGCGAGGAGCCCUUGGUGCCUGUGCAGUCGAAACAGCCGACCAUUCAGUCCGCAUUCUCUAGCGCAACGCCUUUAAAUUGUGUUCUUCCUGUUUGCAGGUAUUCCUUGAAAAGUAUAGAUCCAGUCCUCAUGGCUCCCACCUGUGUGUUCCUGGCCUCCAAAGUUGAGGUGAGAAAGUUCGAACAACAAAACGUCUUUAUUAGACUUCGAUGAAACUGCUCCGUGCGGUUUCUGCUCUCGGGUCUUUGCUGUUUUUUUCUCAAAGUUUUUUUGUCCUUUCAGGAAUUUGGAGUUGUGUCCAACACCAGGCUGAUCUCUGCAGCAACAUCUGUGUGUAAGUCACCUGAAACGUGAACACUUUAACACAAAUCUCUCAGGUUGAGUUUUAUCGUCGGUGGAUUUAAUCGAACCCUGAUUUUUUUUUGUGUCUCCAAACAGUGAAAACAAGAUUCUCUUAUGCCUUUCCAAAGGAGUUUCCUUACAGAAUGAAUCAUGUGAGUAAAUUUUUUCUCUUUUAUUUGAUGUUCGGUGGUGUGAUUGAGAGAACAGUUUAGCUCCUCAGUUUGAAGCACUCGGCUGUCACGUCCCUGUUAAUCAACAACGCCAUGAAUCAACGUCCAAACUGUUUACCUGCUUCCUCUGCAGUUAUUUAUGUCUGGCUCUGCUGCAUUACAGCAUACCAAGAAUCCCUUACGCUGUAUCACUUUGUCGCCAUGUCGAUCUUUACCACUACGUCAGAUUCCUCAGCUAAUGUUCGCAAACCUCCGACAAAAGUCGUGUCGCCGUGGCAGAUGGCUCCAGCCUUGGCGACCCUGGAGGCGAUUGUUCUUUGCAGCGCGUCUCACUGUAGUGUUAAGAUGUGUGCGCCCUCAGCGUUUUAAUUUAUGUGUAAUCUCCAGGACGUCAUUGACGGCCGCUCUGACACGCCGCCUGUCCUGAACAUUGUGUAAAUUAUUAUUUAUAGUGCGCCACCGUGGAGCGAUAAAAGGAGGGAGCGGUUCACACUGUAGAUAGUGAGCAGCUGUAAUUCCUGUUCAUAGUUUUCAUGCCAUAAAGACGGAGUGAGAGUGAGAAUGGCACGGUGACAAAUAGGGUUAGUCUGUUACUAUCCUUUUAAUCAUCACAUUCUUCAGAUUAAACAGAUUUUCUAAAUCACAAAUGUGGAAUAUAAGUUUAUGACCCUCAUCUAUUUCUUUUUCUCUGAUAUUAUAAAAAAAGAAAAAUCUGAAAUAUUUUCAGAUAUUGUAUUGUCCGAUCUUAGUACUACUGUUUGAAAUCAAUUUUAGGUCAAUUGGUCACAUGACAUGGAAGCUAUAGACGGAAAACAGCCUUUUCUGAGAACAUCAACUGGUAAUUUAUUGACGGUCCCUUAUUUAACAUUCAACGUUGACAGCAAGGAGUGGAUUUAACUGCGCUCCUGGUUGCCUUGGCUAAUUUUUUUAUGCGCAUAUGUGACCCUAAAUACAUUUUACAAUUCACACACUUCUAUUUUUAGUCACAAAUGCGAGUGAAACGGUCGCACUGUCGAGCCCUUGUACAGGACAAAAUCACCAGAGAAACAAGUGUGAUGUCGUCCAGAGAGCGCAUCUGAUCAUCAAAUCACAGUUUCCUAAAAAGUUCUAGAACAAGAUUUUGUGUGAUUCUGUUGAACUGUGUAAAGAUGUUUGUUUUUUUUCUCUCUCACUAAUGCUGUAAAAAAAAAGUUGGUUAAGUGUUUACAUCUUUCUAAUUUUUGUCUCUGCAGAUAUUAGAAUGUGAGUUCUAUCUUCUUGAGUUGAUGGUGAGUAAAAACAGAAGUUUUAAAUCUUUGCUGCCAUACUUUAGGCUGCUUCCUUCUCAGUGAGUUUGUAGUAACCGCUGACACAACCUGUUUUUCAGGACUGCUGCCUGAUCGUGUACCACCCAUACAGACCCCUACUGCAGUAUGUGCAGGAUAUGGGACAGGAGGACAUGCUGCUGCCUCUGGCCUGGUAUGAAACUCUCUGAAAACAUUCAUCAGUCCUACAGGAUUCAGCUGUUAUUGUCCUCUAACUCUGAGUCUCUUUCUGCUGCAGGCGAAUAGUGAACGACACAUACAGGACGGAUCUGUGUCUGCUCUACCCUCCCUUCAUGAUCGCCUUGGGUAAAAUUUGUCCCCAUGCAAUUCUCAUCAGAUCUUGUUUAAUGUAGUUACAGGUUUAAACAAGAUUUGUCAGAUUGUAACGUGAUCAAGUUUCCCCCUCUCUUUCCCUUCCUCAGCCUGCCUGCAUGUGGCCUGUGUGGUGCAGCAGAAAGACGCCAGGCAGUGGUUCGCUGAGCUCUCUGUCGACAUGGACAAAGUGAGAAUCGCCUCAGUUUUGGAUAUAAAUCAUGUUUUUUACAGGAAGUUUUUAUGUGUAGAAUUCAGCCAAUUGGUGAUCUUACAUUCUCCACCACAUAGAUUUCAGACUGAAGCUGCAGAAACUCUUAAAAAAACAUCAUUAAACCAGUUUUGAUAAGAAAAUAGUAAAGAAUGAUAAAAAUGUCAUAGUAUGUUAUGAUAAAAAUACCAAAAUCUAGUAUGAAAAAGAUGUCAAGAUAUGUUGAAAAAAAAAUCAUGAAGUAUUAAAAAGAAUCAUAUUAUACUAUGUUGAAAACAUUGUGGUAUAGUAUGAUUAAAAAUAUAUUAUUAUAGUAUGGAAAAAAUGUCAUAGUACAGUACAAGAAAAAUAUCAUAGUAUAGCAUGAUAAAAAUAAAGUAUGAUAAAUAUCAUAGUAUAGUUUGACCAAAAUGCUAUAGAAUAGUAUGAGAAAAUGUCAUAGUGAAGUAUGAUUCAAAUAUUAUAUCAUAAUAAGAACAAAUGGUCACAGUAUAGUUUGAUAAAAGAUAUCACACUAUAGUACGAAAAAAAUGUCAGUAUAUUCUGUAAAAAAAUUUAGUUAACUAUUAAAAAAAAAUCCUAGUAUAGCAUGAUAAAAAUGUCAUAGUAUAUUAUGUUAAAAAUUUCAAAAUUUAGUAGGAAAAAAUUUCAAAUUUACAAUGAAAAAAUAUAGUAUGAUCAAAAUGUCAUACUGUAGUAUGUUAAAAAUAAAUCGUUUCUAUUAAGAAACAACAUUUCAGAUUUUUGUAUGAUGAAAAUAUCAAAGUAUGUUUAAAAUUUCAAAAUUUAGUAGGAAACAAAAUUUUAUAGUAUAGUAUGAUAAAAAUAUUAUAGUAUAGUAUGUUAAAAGAAAUCAAAAUUAGGUAGGAAAAAAUAAUCAGAUUUUUGUUCAAAAAUGUCAUAGUAUAGUAUGUCUAAAAUUUUAAAAGGAAAAAAUAAAUGUUUUAUAGUAUAGUAUGAUGAAAAUAUCACAGAAUAGUAUGUUAAAAAUGUCAUACCAUAGUAGGAUAAAAAUAUCAUAGUAAAGUAUGAUAAAAAAAAUGCGUGUAUGAAAACUUUCAUCCAUCCUUGUUUGUUGACAAGAGAUAAAACUUGAGUGUCUUGCGUGUCUCCACAGAUCCUGGAGAUUAUCCGAGUCAUCUUGAAGCUCUACGACCAGUGGAAAAACUUUGAUGACAGGAAAGAGAUCGCUGCUGUGCUGAACAAAAUGCCUAAACCCAAACCUCCACCCAACAGGUAAAUCCACCCUCUGUGUGUGUUUGUGAUUUAGAGGGAUUUAGCACAUAGGAGCUGGUCCUCUGUAGUGGAGGCUGACAGACUCAUGACAAACACAGUGAAGAAAAUGAUGUUUUUUGGUGGUAAAUAUUUGACAAAUGGAAGCUUAUACUCAUGAAGCUCUUAGUUCCUGAAGGCAACAGGUAUGGUGAGCAGGUGAGCGUCAGAGGUCUUAAAUCUGUACUUAUUCUCCCGCUCUGUCUGUUUUGUCUGCAGUGAAAGUGACCAGAGCUCCAACGGGAACCAAAGCAACUCUUACAGCCAGUCUUAGCGCUGAAGACAAGACAGAGGGAGUGGAUCUUUGUAAAACUGUCGUGUCAGCUGGAAGAAAAAAAGCGGAUAUUUGAUGGGAGAGCCACGUCUUCACUUUCCUUUUCUCUCGUCAUUCUGAGUUUGCGGACUGUACGAACAGCCAGCGAACCGCCUUUGGGGAAACAGCUGAUCUGUGACGACAGCUUUGUUGAGAUUCAGCGCUCGACUCUGAUAGACUUGAAACUGAGGGACUGAGAUUAUAGAACUGACGGGAGGAGAAGGAGCGCUGGUUCAGUGAAAACCUGUUUUAAUGUCUUUGUGAUGAUCCUGACAUCCUUGAACAGCCCAGAGGAGCCGGUCCGUCACGUGGAGCUCCGUGGGAUUCGAGAAUACUUGAUCACAGCUACUGUGUCCAUGUGUUUGUGUGUUUUACGAGUGUGUGAGCGUGUAAAACGUGAGCGACCAGUCUGGGUGGGUGUUCAUUCCUCAGGGACUUUAGUAGUCUUUUUAUGUACCAUGAUUUGAUCCUGUGCUGUCAGAGAGUUGAUCUGAUUGGUUAUCAGCUGUAAAGAAUGUGACGUGAUAGGAUGUGACGCCUCUGCCCCGGCUGAUCAUGAAGACAGAGGCGCAAAAUUAACUCUUCGAGUCCAAGAAUUUACUGUUUCGAUCAUGAAAGUCCACUUUCUCCCUCCCAGUCUCUCUCCUUUUUUGUAAAUAGCCGUGAUUUCUUUGGUUUUCUUCGGUUUAAUCUGCUUUGUUUUAGGAAAAGAAAAAAAAUCAUGAGCGUCUUUUGUGCUUCAGAUGAAAGUACCCGUCUUAGUUUCUCUGCAAUGAUUCAGUUCAUCUGCUGCAGUUGUAAUUACUUUUCCAAUUAUUCUGCUUAAGUUGUAGAUUAAAUGACUCGUGUAAACGUUUGUUUUUAAUUCUCACAAAGGUUUUUUCUUUGUUUUUUUGAGUAAAUUGCAAUUACAGUCCUGUCCAUCAAGUUUAUGUCUGUUCUUUUAAUUCAGCCAUCUGUUUAAUCACUAAAUUGUGGCAAUAUCUGUGUGCAUAAUCCUGUAAACGUCUAUUUUUUGUGAUGUGAUACUGUGCGAGCUGUGUGUGGCUGUAAUCAAAAGAAGGUGCUUGAAAGCCUUAUGAAAUAAAAGCUGCUGGUUUCAGAGAAAAGCCUUCAUUAGGAGCACAUUUUCCCAUUCAGGUGAACCGUCUCAUUCGUUUUAGGUAGACUUGUUUCAUUUCUGAGACACGUCUCCAAACAUUUUCUUCACUGGCUUUCUGCAGAGCCGGUUUUUUGACCCUCCCAGACUUCGUAAAAGAGACAAAGGAGCCUUUGAGGCAUGCUGGAUGCUGCCUCUUUCUGGUUUCCCUUCUGGUAUUUUCCACCAGCCUCCAUCUGUUACAGGACUGUUCACAUGGAAAAUGGGUAAACAAUAAAAGGGCUUCAUCUAACCUAAAUAUCUGUUAAAGUCAUUCCCUGUUUAUAAUUAUUACUUGAAAGUCUGAUUUGUGUUUUAUUUCCUAUGUGUAAUAAAAUGGUUUGUGUGCAGAACAAAA